CCCCCUUCUCUCCUCCGGAGCCGGCGCUGUGCCCGGGGCGCACCGGGAGGAGGGACCAGGAUCCAGCGCUGGGGCGCAGAUACUGACACCAAGGGAAUCCGGGUGCCCCCCCACGCCAUGUGGGCCCCCAGGUACCCGGCUCCUCCACCCCGGAGGCCCCCAUGGCCCCGGCCUCAAUCCUGGCCAUACAAAAAUUAUGCGGAUAUUCAGGGAUAGGCUUUACCACCAAGACCUCAGGCCUCUCUCAACCACCACCCCCACACUCCUAGCCAUCUUCGGCAGGUCCCAUUCCCGGCUCCAUCGGUGCUUUCGCCCGAGCCGCAGCUAUGCUGCACACCGAGGGCCACGCUCUUCUUCGGGCGGUGGGACAGGGUAAGCUACGCUUGGCCCGUUUGCUUCUGGAGGGAGGAGCCUACGUGAAUGAGGGUGAUGCCCAGGGGGAGACUGCGCUAAUGGCGGCCUGCAGGGCUCGCUACGACGACCCUCAGAACAAGGCGCGCAUGGUACGCUACCUCCUGGAGCAAGGCGCCGACCCCAACAUCGCAGACCGUUUAGGACGCACCGCGCUCAUGCACGCUUGCGCCGGGGGUGGGGGAGCCGCAGUGGCCUCCCUGCUCCUUGCCCACGGCGCAGACCCCUCAGUCCGAGAUCACGCUGGUGCUUCGGCGCUUGUCCACGCCCUGGACCGUGGGGACCGCGAGACCCUUGCCACGCUGCUGGACGCCUGCAAGGCCAAGGGCACGGAGGUCAUCAUCAUAACCACGGAUACCUCGCCCUCGGGCACCAAGAAGACCAGGCAGUAUCUCAAUUCCCCACCGUCCCCGGGGGUAGAGGACCCUGCACCCGCUCCUCCUAGUCCAGGGGUCUGCACGUCGCCUUCGGAAGUCCAACUGCAGACUGCAGGAGGGGGACGGGGGUUGUUAUCCCCUCGCGCCCAGGAAGAAGAGGAGAAAAGAGACAUAUUCGAAUUCCCCCUUCCUAAGCCCCCUGAUGACCCUUCCCCUUCCGAGCCUCUCCCCAAGCCGCCUCGACAUCCUCCAAAACCACUCAAAAGGCUCAACUCCGAGCCCUGGGGCCUUGUGGCUCCUCCUCAACCGGUCCCUCCUGCCGAAGGGAGGCCAGGGAUGGAGCGCCUGGCCGCUGAAUUUAACGGCCUGACCCUGACCGGUAGACCGCGUCUUUCUCGGCGUCACAGCACGGAAGGCCCGGAGGACCCGCCCCCGUGGGCGGAGAAAGUGACUGGCGGGGGUCCUCUCUCGCGCCGAAACACAGCUCCCGAGGCUCAGGAGUCAGGUCUGCCUUCAGGGCUAAGGCAAAAACUGAGCCGCAUGGAGCCGGUGGAGCUCGAUACCCCUGGACACUUUUGCCCUGACUCUCCCGAGGCCAGCCGCUUAGCCCUGGAGCGCCGGCGAUACAGCGCCUCUCCGCUGACCCUCCCUCCAGCGGGCUCAGUUUCCUCCCCACGCCAGUCCCAAGAAAGUCUGCCCGGGGCUGUCUCCCCGCUGAGCGGACGGAGGCGGAGUCCCGGGCUGCUAGAGCGCAGGGGCUCCGGGACCUUGCUCCUGGACCACAUCUCGCAAACACGACCCGGUUUCUUGCCUCCUCUCAACGUCAGCCCCCACCCUCCCAUCCCCGACAUUCGCCCCCAACCCGGAGGUCGGGCACCGUCACUGCCUGGCCCUCCUCACUCUGGGGCACCAGGGUCUCCCAGGACCAAGCGCAAGUUGGUGAGACGCCACUCCAUGCAGACUGAGCAGAUUCGCCUGCUAGGGGGUUUCCAGAGUCUGGGCGGGCCAGGGGAACCAGGGCGCUGAGAGAAGUGAGAGGCACCGAGGAGGGGAGGGUCAGGACCCUGAUGGCGGGAGAACCAGCUGAUACCUCGGACAUGGGAUCUCUUGCAUGUGCUCACGGCACUGUGCACGCACACAUGAGUAAGCAUGUGUCCACAAGCACAGUACACUUACUAGCGAGGAUGGAUAAAUACUGUGUUUACUGGGCGUAUAGA